CAGUGUUUUGGUCAAGCUUAUCUCUACUGGUCAUACAUGCGUAAAGAUAAUAUUAGUAUAUUAACCAUAGAAAAAUGUUACAAAUCACAAGUUAAAUUCUGUCAUUAAAACGCAAAAAUAGCUAGCUAGUUUAGUUAGCUUUAGCUAAUAACAACUUGUCGCUGAUUCCUUUGGUUUGGAGUUGAAGACGUUGGCUCCCAGUCUUCAGGAUGUUUGGAUCACUUCGUGUGCUGUUGCAAGUCUUGUGGGCCCAGCUGCUCUGUGGUUGGGUGCUCGGCUCCGAGCUGACUUUUGAACUGCCAGAUAACGCCAAACAGUGUUUCUACGAGGACAUCAUCAUCGGCACCAAGUGCACAUUGGAGUUUCAGGUUGUAACCGGUGGCCACUAUGACGUGGACUGUCGUUUGGAGGACCCAGAUGGCACAACGCUCUACAAGGAAAUGAAAAAGCAGUACGACAGUUUCACCUUCACAGCAGCCAAGAACGGGACGUACAAGUUCUGCUUCAGCAACGAGUUCUCCACCUUCACGCACAAGACCGUUUACUUUGACUUCCAGGUCGGCGAUGACCCGCCUCUCUUCCCCAACGAGAACAGAGUCACCGCUCUUACUCAGAUGGAAUCAGCCUGUGUGUCCAUCCACGAGGCUCUGAAGUCAGUCAUGGACUACCAGACGCACUUUCGCCUCCGUGAGGCCCAGGGACGCAGUCGGGCCGAGGACCUCAACACCCGUGUUGCAUUCUGGUCUAUCGGAGAAGCCAUAAUCCUGCUUGUGGUCAGCAUCAGCCAGGUGGUCCUGUUAAGGAGCUUCUUCUCUGACAAGAAAACCACCAUGACUCGUAUGGGAUCAUAACAGCCCUUGAGUUUCUGAAUCUGAUUCUUGAUUUCUCUUUUUUUCCUCCUCUCCUGGCUUCAUGUAUAGAGUGGAUAAGAACAGCAGUGCUCAUUUUGAAAUUGGAUCAUAUCAAACUGCCUGGUCGUUCAAUCUCUCCUCAUUUAGUACUGCAGUUCUUAAAAACUUCAUGCGAUUUAGUCUCGACAGGGGGAAAAGGUUUAACGUAUAUUGAGGGGUAAAAGAAAUGGAAAGGAAGGCUUUGAUAGUCAUGUGUAUAUGAGACGGUUCACACUGGUCCUGUAGUUAAAACAACUCCUAAGUUCUAAAUGUUUUUGUUUUAUUGUUUGUGGCAUUGUUUUGCUGUUUAUUUUUGUUAUCUUUCUGARGAUUGGCUCCAUUUAUCAGCCCAAACUGCAGUUUUUAAGUUGUAGUUGGCACAAUACGAACUCGCUGUGGAGUUUUGUCAUCUGCAGCUCACUCCAUUUCAGUGCAAAGGGUACUCCAAACAAAGGUUUAUUUGAUAAAGAAAAAUCAGUUUGAGAGAAAAUAAAUAGAAAAUAAUUUUAAAAAUCCAACAAAUCCCUUUCCUUUACUUUAAAAUACAAAGAACUCCUGUAAAUAUAUAUAAAAACAACUCCAUUUUCAGUGAAAAAACAGUUUUGUUAUAUUUGAGUAAGUUAUACAGAAAGACCUUCCUUUAAUGUUUGAUUGGCACAGAUGUACAAAAGUGUAGUUUAGAUGAAUUGUCUCCCUUAAGUGACGCAAUUUCAUAAAAAAAAAUCACAAAAUCAGUUGUUGGGUUGACAUUUCUGUUUAUUUGUUAUAGAUUCAAGUUUAAAAAAAUAUUGAAUUCAAUAGUAUCAAUAUUAAUUGAAAGCCAAUUUAAAUAUAGGAGUGGUUUUGCAUUUGUGUGUUAAGGUGUGAGGGACAAGAAAGAAUUAUUGAUGUUUUUUGGCUUUUUUGUUGAGACGUUUAGAACAGUUUUAAAUGCAUCAUCUUCUACAGUCUUUGUUUUGUAGUCUUGCCUUUUGCUGUUUUAAAAUGUAACGGCAUAUUUAUCCUGUGGGUUGAUGGUGUGCUUUUGUUUUUAUUCAGCACUGUUGUAAAUGUAUUUACUGAAAAGUAUUGUUUCAACAUUUAAAAAAAAAAGCCGUACAUUMUGGGAUGAAAUUGUAAUUUGAUGAAACUUUCUGCUGAAUGAUUGAAUUGUUGAAAUAAAUCCGAUUCCGACUCAGGACUUCUGUUGCUCCAGUUAGGAUUUGUAAAUGUAACUCUCAUUCUUGAUUCUUGCUGUACUUAACAAAAAUGAAUGUGAUGGCGAUCAGAGCAGCUGGAAGAUUUUUGUUAUGUUUUGAGGAUCGUGUAUCUUUUACAUUCUUUAAUUGAAAAUUAUAAAACAAAAUGAACACUCGUUUGAUUUAUUUUUCAGUUUUUCUGUAAGUCUAUAGUAAAUGUACAAAAACAGGUUUGAGUAACUGAUUAGAAACCACUUUUUAUACAUUUUAUUAUUUAUGGUUUGGCUUUGCUUCAUUUAACAUAACUCCAUACAACUGUUUGCCGUUAGAUUUGGUCUGUGGUGCAAUGUUGCUAAUUUCCAUAACUUUGUUUACUAAUAGGUCAUUUGUGGACGUCUCUGAGACAUUGUUGGAAUCUGUUAAGUUAUUGGGAUGGUUAAAUAAAUUUCUAAACAAAUA